CGACACAACUUCGCCUCUUGCAUUGCUCAAGCCCGGGCUAAGGAUACCAAGCCGCCGCGAUGUCUUCAGACCAGCCCGAGAAAAUCUCCGACGACGUCCAGUACACGACUCACAACGAAAAGAAUGGCAUUCAGGAUGCACCACCCAGCUACAAGAAUGUCGCUGAGGAAUCCGGUCGUCGCGCAUCUGUCGCGCUCAAUAUCGUUGAGAAUCCGUUGAAGCGCAAAGGCUAUGAGCAGACCAUCGCUGAUGGUAGAGCAUUUGCUGAGGGGCACGGCAUGCCUGAGCACGCCGACUUGUUCGGACGCGCCGCGCUCGUUGCCCGCGAACCCGAUCGAUUUGAAACGAUCCCGGAGCUGGAGACCGCUGAGCGCGAUGCUUUAGUGUACGAACGCGACCACAAGUGGCACGGCCCGAAGAUGUUGUGGUACUCGAUUGGUUUGUGCGCCAUUGGCGCCGCUACUCAAGGAUGGGACCAGACUGGUAGUAAUGGUGCCAAUCUUUCCUUCCCUCAAGAAUUCAACCUCGACAACGGUACCAGUUACGACGAGUGGAUUGUGGGCUUGAUCAAUGCCAUCAUUUUCUUGACCGCCGGUCUCAUUGGCGCUUUCAUCGUCGAUCCACUGAACAAGUACUUCGGCCGACGUGGAGAAAUUUUCAUCACUGCCUGCUGUCUCACAGCAACGCCGAUUGGAUCUGGAUUCGCGAAAUCAUGGCAAGGACUCUUCGCUGCUCGAUUUGUGAUGGGGAUUGGUAUCGGAGCCAAGAACGCCACCGUGCCGAUCUACAGUGCUGAAAUGGCACCCGCUCGCAUUCGAGGUGCGCUUGUCAUGUUCUGGCAGCUGUGGGUCGUCGCAGGUAUUUUCUUGGGCUUCUGCGCCAACGUGAUCGUCAAGGAUACCGGCCGCAUUUCGUGGCGCCUCCAGCUCGGAUCUGCUUUCAUCCCAUCUUUCGUUCUCGGCGCUGGCAUCUUCUUCUGCCCUGAAUCACCAAGAUGGCUUAUGAAGAAUAAUAAGCACAACAAGGGAUUCCGAUCCAUGCAGAUCCUCCGCGCUCACGACAUCAUUGCGGCGCGAGACUACUACUACUCCUGGGUCAUUUACGAGGAGGAGUUGAAAGUUGCAGCUGGCGCAGGCUACUUCCAGCGUAUGUGGGACUGCUUCGCCGUUCCACGCAUUAGGCGCGCGAAUUAUGGUGCUUCCACUGUCAUGAUUGCUCAGCAAAUGUGCGGCAUUAACAUCAUCUCGUUCUACAGCUCAACCAUUUUCGAGAACGUCGGUUACACUCCAACCCAGGCUCUGUACGCAUCUCUAGGUUACGGUGCGAUCCAGGUCGUGUCUACCAUCCCUACGCUAUUCCUCAUCGACACCAAGGGCCGACGAACGCUCACCCUUGCGACUUUCCCUUUCAUGUGCAUCUUCCUGCUCGCCGCCGGUCUUUCCCUCCUGAAAGACACAGGCAGCAAGGGCGCACAGAUCGGUCCAGUCGUGCUAUUCGUCUACCUCUUCACCAUCGCUUACUCACUGGGCGAAGGUCCGGUCGCAUUCCAGUACUCCGCCGAGGUAUUCCCCACCAUCCAACGUGAACAAGGCAUGGCGUGGGCCGUCUGCAUCAACAACACCUUCGCCGGAAUCCUCAGUUUGACCUUCCCACGCAUGCAGAAAGCCUUCACACCCACCGGUGCUUUCGGCUUCUACGCCGGUCUCAACUUGAUCGCGUGGUUCAUGAUUUUCUGCUUCGUGAGAGAAACUAAACAACUAACCCUCGAGGAAUUGGAUCAAGUCUUCUCUGUCCCGACGAAGAAGUUCAUCGGCUACGAACUCACGACUUGGUUGCCGUACUUCAUCAAACGCCAUAUUUUCCGUCGCAAUAUUCCCAAGCCGCCGGCUAUUAUUGAGAAGGAGAGUAGGGUGGAUGACCAGCUCGUGCAUUAAAUACAUGCGGGGCUGAGUGAGGAUUGGAAUAUGAGUUAGUUUUUACGAUUCACGCACGUUUAUGCUCGGUUGUCUGCGCUGCGCGUAGCAUUAUCGCUUCGUCGAUACGGAUGCCGUACAUGUAUUGUCGGUAUAGAGCAUAGACGUACAUAUUGGCAUUACCUUCAUGAUGAAGAUGAACAGAUCUUUGUUUCGGAUUUCAUCUUCGACUGAGCAAGCCCAGCCGCGAUCGCACAUGGCUCACAUGUUCGCGAUCUACACCUAGCUGCACAUGGCCUGGAUCUUUUGACCAUGAGUGAUACGCCGAAAGACAUCGACUAUUCGGUCCCCAUGACCACAGAGCGACUUCUCCAAGUUUUCCCAAGCGACUUCAACCGCAAUCCUAAUGACGAGCCGCAGUUUUGGUGAU